AUGUCGCAUGUUGCACACGAAGCUUGUGGUGUCGAUGUCUUCCUUUGUUUUAGUCCUCAAUCAAAUCAAUGCUCAUCAGUAGCAGCAAUUGCUAAACAACGAUGUUCAACACGAGAAAUUAUUUAUCAAACAUCGGAUAAUAUCGAUUUUUCAACAAAUUGGUAUGAAUCAAUACCAGUUCAGAUUCUUCGUGCUAAAAUAUUUAUACCAAUUAUUGAUGAGCAAUGGUAUUCAUCAUUCUGGUGUUCAUGGAUGCUUUUAUUUGCGCUUGAACAUCAAAGUCGUCAUAGUCUUCCGUUAAUCAUGCCUGUUAUUCUGCCAUCAUAUGGUGAACGAGCAUCGGAAGUUCUGAUUGCGCAAUUAACAAAAAAUUAUAAAGCAACUGUCAUGCUUAGUGACCGUGAGCCAAUUGAACAGUCACUCGAAGCAUUUUUCAAACUUAUCGAAUUAACAAUUCACACACCAGAAUGGUUAUUACAAGGAUUAAAAUCGAAAAGAUAUGUUGAUAAUAACCGUCCAUUAACUUAUAAUGAACUUCACUUUUUAAAUGACAUGAGACAUAAAGAAAUAGUUCUUAUGCGAGAUAUGUCAUUACAACAAGAACGAAAAUUACCAACAUCAAAACCUCUUAUGCAUAAUCAACAUGUUGCAUUAUCAAUUCCAUAUGAACAAUUGCCAUCAUUUUUACUUUCAGCUGUUUAUGAAAAUUAUCAUAUAACAUGGUUUGAUGUUGUUACUAUUGAUCGACAACAUUAUUUUACAUUCAUUUGGAACGAUAAUCAUUUAUUUCAAAAUCGAACAUCAGUUAUGUUUUAUGAUUUAAAUCCAGCACAAUUUCAUGAAUUAACAUUAAAAAUGAAUCGUUAUCAAUUUGAUUUAAUACAUUUCGAUGUAUACCGCCAUUCAAGUGAAAAUAUGCUUCGAUAUAUUUGUUUAUAUAUACGUCAAGAUCUAAUAAAAUCAUUUCAUAAAUUACGUACAGCCGUUAUAGCACAUCGAUGGCUUAAUGAAACUAAUCAUCAUGCGUUUAAUAUCCGUCCACAUUUGUUAUGCGGAAAUUUAUACUAUUCAAAUUUAGUAUCACCAAAACGUUCAAGUCAUGAUUUUUUUUAUCGUAUAAAUUUAACAGAUCUGGAAUUACUUGAAGAACAUGCAAAAGCAUUAACAGAUAAUUUUAAAUUAAUUGAUUUAAAAGUUUAUCAUUUAAAAAAUGGCGAUUAUCGUUUUGUAGCUAUGUGGACAAAUCAACAGGAAGGCACAUCAAUGUUGUAUAUUGGUUUGACAUAUGAUGAAUUAGUUGCACGUUUAAAUGAAAAGCAAUUACGUACAGCUAUUAUAACGAAUUAUGGAUUAUUAGUUGAUGGACAACAAUGUUUUGCACUUGUUUGUAAUCAAUAUGGUUCUGUUUGGUGA